UGUGAUUACAAAGACCCCUUUUUUUGUCAAUCAGCAUGCUUUGUGACAUCAUGGCGGAGGAGCCGACCACGCCCCCUCCCAUGACCACGCCUCCUCGCAAGGCUUCAGUUCGCCUGCAGGAAAGGCGGGGAUCCUACCUCUCGCUGCUGGUGGAUGUCAGCAGCCUGGGGGCGGAGCCUGUGUGCGCCGUCACCACCCCCAAGGAGGUGUGGCUUCAGCUGCUCCACACGUCCUCCCGACCGCUCAUGCACCAGCUCCUGCAGCAGGCGGCUGCCGACGCACACGCCCUCCAAGCCGAGUACCAGGUAGGCAAUGGGCAUCCCUCCAACUUUGUCAGCACGUCAGAUCUGGACGUUCCUGGACACGCCAUCAAGGACAGAUACCAAAGCAUCCUGCCCAACCCUGAGAGUCGUGUCAUCUUGACCUGUACAGAGGAAGAGGGGGGGCCAGACCGCUACAUCAACGCCAACUACAUCCGGGGUUACGGAGGCGCUCCGAGGGCCUACAUCGCCACCCAGGGGCCGAUGGUGCACACUGUGGGGGACUUCUGGGACAUGGUGUGGCAGGAGAGGAGCCGGGUCAUCGUCAUGGUGACGAGGCUGAAGGAGGCCAACGAGAAGUGUGAGCGGUAUUGGCCGCACUGCAGCCACAGGGCGGGUAGGAGGAGGCGCGACGACGACGGAGAAGAGGAGCUGGGGCCAGAGGAGGAAGGGACGGAUCAGUUCGGCCGAUUUCGACUGCGAGUCACAGACAGUCGAGACAAAGACGGCUUCACUGUCACUGACAUGGAGAUAGAGCUGGGUCGGGAGCGUCGUCCUGUCCGACACUACUGGUUCACGUCCUGGCCCGACCACCACGUCCCACAAUGCACCGCUCCGCUGCUGCGCCUGGUGCAGGAGGUGGAGUCCCACAGUGAGGCCCUCAGAGCCGCCGCCCUCCCCCAGCUGGGACCCGUCGUCGUCCACUGCAGCGCCGGCGUCGGGAGGACGGGCUGUUUCAUCGCCAGCAGCGUCUGCUGCCGGCAGCUGCGCCAAACGGGUCGGGUGGACAUCCUGGAGACGGUGUGUCGGCUCCGGCUGGACAGGGGGGGCAUGAUCCAAACCCCGGAGCAGUACCAGUUCCUCUACACGGCCCUGGCUCGGUUCAGCUCCCAGCUACAACAGCAGCAGGAACAAGACAAGCAGAAGCACCCGGAACAUCAGGUGAGUGAAGGGCUCCAAAACCUCCAGCUGGACGCCCAGAGUGACGGGCGGACAGAACCCGGAGAACCUGUAAAGAACCUCAGGCCGGUAGAAGCCCUCAUAGACCAGACACUGACUGCCUCGUGAAUCUCAAGGAGUAGUCUUCACUGAAAGUCUAGAUCUUUUGUCUCGAAACAAGUGUCAAAAACUGCUUGGUUUUACUGUUUAGUUCUGGAGUGUGCAGACUUUGUACUGAGGGCCACACACUGACUAAACAAAGCAUGCCGGGGCCGUUUUUUAACCCUCAGGGCUCCCCUCAAGUUUGGUCCCUGGUCGCCAUCAU